UCGAGACUGAAAGUCAAGUCGACAAAAAGAGUCUUAUUACAUUCAGUCCGACUUCGGUUCAUUCAUCUUUGGGUCAUCGGUCAGAAUUCAGUUUCAUGGACGACAAGCAGGCAACGCGCGUCUGCAACCUUUGCCACAAAGAAGUAGCUGAGGCAAACUUCGAUCUCCACGAAUCACAUUGUCGUCGGUACCUGUGUCUGUGUCCUGACUGUAACGAGCCAGUUAACAAAGAACAUCUCGACCAACACAGAUUAGAUGAGCACACCCAGGUCAGGUGCUCUAAGUGUAGCCAAAAGGUGGACCGUUGCCAUCUGACAGAUCAUGAGUCUUCCAAAUGUGAGGAGCGCCUGCAGGGCUGUGACUUCUGCCAGCUGGAGGUUCCCUGGAAAACUCUGCAGGAGCACACCAUGGUCUGUGGUAGCCGCACGGAAAUGUGUCUGGAAUGUCGUCAAUAUGUUACCCUGAAGGAUCAAGUGAAGCACACCCAGACCUGCCCUGCAACUGAAACUGCCUCAGCUGCCCCCGAUACCCCCAUUCAGAAAUCUGCUGCAAGGCAAAAAACACUGAUUUGUGAAGGAUGCAUGGCUUCCUUCCCAGCAAAGGAUAUUAAUGAACAUAAGCUGGAGUGCUUUUCCAGAUCCAGGAGAGGCCUGGAAAUGUCUGAGAAUCGAAAGAAGCAGGAGGCGGUGACAAGAGGGAGGAAGGAGAGGGAGGAAGGUGAUACCUAUGGGGCGGAGGCCAGUCCUCGACUCAGCAGCUCCUUGAAAGCCAUCACUUUGUCCGACCGGCCCAGGAAGGGAGACUUAGAGGAUGGAGACCAAAUCAGCUCCUGUCCCUACUGUCAUCUGGCCCUGCCUCAGCUCACACUACGCUGGCAUCAGGCCAAGUGCAAAGUCCACAUCCGCUUGAAAUGAAGAGGACAUCUGCUGACAGUGGAUAUGCAGCCAUUGUAAUACCAAAUCAGCAUUAGGAAGAGGGGGAAGGAUAUGCAUUAUUAGCCAUUCAAAUGUCAUUCAAACUCCAUAAUUUAGAUUUUGAAUUCAAUAAAACUAAAAGAUUAAAUAAAUUUUGAUUUUGUAAUUUGAGGAAGUGGUUGAGGGUGCAACACUACGCUAUGAUUGAUAAAUCAAACUAAAGGGCCAUGACUAAAAAGGGUGUGCUUGGGGUCCUGCGACUACAGAAGACAUCACUACUUCACACAUUAUGCUUGGGUAGGGGCUAGUUCAGUUUAGGAACAGCGGGAAACAGUAGAUUGAUGUUAGAAAAGAGUUUUGUUGUAUGGAUCGUUGCCUCGUCCCUGGAGACCUUCACAACCAAUUUCCAGGGGACCCAGACUGAGAUGGGCUGGUUGAGGAUGGGCCUCAGUGCUGGGGCUGGGCCUACCUCCUGGACGUCUGCCUUCGCCAGGUCUUCAGGGGGCUCAAAAGGGAUGGUGACCAUGUCUGCGCCAUGCUCAUCUGCUGUUGCUGGCAGCAGACGAUGUGCUUCAAUCUGUCCCUCCGGCGCCACCACACCUUCAUCUUCACCGGGGGCAUGUACCAGAGUACAAACUGUGAGCUUAGAGCCACCAUAUGCUAUGUCCACUCCUAUGGCCACUACCUCAAGGAUCUUGACAUCCGCUUCUUGCACCCAUCCAACUCCAAGGUAGCCUGCCCCUGCUAUCACAACCUGAUAUCACAACCUGAGAGUGCUUCUGACCUCUUUGCAG